AGCCACGCUUUCCGGACUGCAACAAUGGAGGCUACCAGUGGAACUGAUGAGCCGGUUUCUGGGGAGCUGAUGUCUGUGGCACAUGCUCUUUCUCUCUCAGCAGAAUCGUAUGGCAACGAUCCGGAUAUUGAGAUGGCUUGGGCCAUGAGAGCAAUGCAACAUGCUGAAGUCUAUUACAAGCUGAUUUCAUCAGUUGACCCACAAUUCCUGAAACUCACCAAAGUGGAUGACCAGAUCUAUUCUGAAUUCCGGGAAAAUUUUGAGAAACUCAGGAUAGAUAUCUUAGACCCAGAAGAACUCAAAUCAGAAUCAGCUAAAGAGAAAUGGAGGCCAUUCUGCUUGAAGUUUGAUGGGAUCGUAGAAGAUUUCAACUAUGGUACUUUGCUGCGACUAGACUGUUCUCAGGGCUACACUGAGGAAAACACCAUCUUUGCCCCCAGGAUACAAUUUUUUGCUAUUGAAAUUGCUCGGAACCGGGAAGGCUAUAACAAAGCAGUUUCCAUCAGUGUUCAGGACAAAGAAGGAGAGAAUGAAGCCAACAAUGGAGGAGAGAAAGGAGUUGACAGUGGAGGAAAAGAGGAAAGAGUCAACAGAGAAGAGGAGAAAGCUGACAAAGAUAACAACAAAAGUGGUGAAACAGCUAUGUAAGGUAGAUAGUAAGUAGCACUCUAGAAGCUAUGACUCAGCUGAGCCUACAAGUACCAUGGGUGCUUUUUGCACAAACUGCUUUGGUUAAAUAUACAAUUGGAGGACACCCAAAAGGAUGUCUUUCUAGUCUGAUAACCAGGAGUUGCUUUCUUGAUUUCCUUACUGGCUUAAAGACUAUUAUUGGGGUCUUAGUUUAUUAUUUUUUGGUAUGUUGUU